AUGACCGAAGGAAAACAGAAAUGCAAGGCAAACGAGGCCGACGCCGCUGAAGAUUGCAGCUGGCGAGGUGACAGCCCCGAGCCAGAGCUAGAUGAUCUUGCACACAAAGAGGAGCCCCAUCGACCUCGGCCGCCCGAUGAGGUCUGUAGUUGGCAGGGUGAUCCUCCUGAGCCCGAGUUAGAUGACCUCGCCCACAGUCCCAAGCUAUCACCUAGGUCUCAAGUACACACACGCGUUGAACAACUGCUAGAGGAGAUUGACCCAAUGCCACUGGAUGCUUUCCCUAAGCCAGAAAAUCACAAGAAAGCUUCGAAAGCGCACUUUGAAGAUGAACAGCCUGGAGAACAAGAACAAGACGUUACGGAAGAAACCUUACAUGAGAGGAUUACGCACGGAGUGCAGCACGUAUUGACCGUCUUCCACAGUAUCGUCAAUCCUUCCAGUUCCCAAGCCCACGAAGAAGCGUCAGAAAACAAUGCGGAGCCUGCCGGCGAAGAGAAUAAUGCUCCCCCAGGGCCUUCUCGAAUCCCGCCGAUCCUCACCACAGUUGAACCGCAGAAUUCUGAAGGUAAGAAUCCUAAAGAGGAAAAGCAGAAGGCGAAGAGAGAUAAGGCAGAAGCCAAGAAGGUCGAAAAGGAAAGAAAGGCUAGAGAAAAGGAGGAAAAGAAGAGACUCAAGGUAGAAAAGAGAAAAGAGCGCAAUGAGCACAAAGAACGACGCCACAAGGAGAAGGGAAAGAAGAAAAGCAAGGGGAAGGAAAAGGAGACUGCUUCACCUCCCGAUCUACCUCCUGGAGCUGAUGGCCCGGCUGCCAUUGAGUCGCAUCAUCAUCCCGGAUGUCAAAUAUGUGAGCAUCCUGAAGAGCAGGGAACACACGACUUCAUGAAGGACUUGUUAGAAAGUUGGGAGGGAUUACCAUCUCUCAACGACCUUACCGAAGCUGCCAAGAAACUGCUCGGAUUGAAAGCCACAGAUGACACCCCCGAUGCGCAGCAGAGCUGCCAGAACCUUUCCUUGAACGAGCAGGAGCUGAUAGAGCAUAUUGCAGCGCACAUCGACAGACACAUACACCAAUACAUAGACCGCAAUCCAUCCGGAGAAGGUGACGCGUCGGCCGGAAAGUCCUCGUCCAACAAACCUUCUUGCCAGAACCCCGGUCAGGGACCAGACACACCUGGCCAGCAACAACAAGCUGGCUGCGAGGAUGGGCGCCCUACCAGCCACGGCUUGGACGGUAAUAGGGACUGGCCUAUGACUAUCAUGCAAGGCCACAUCUUCCGCAGCAUCGAGCCAAUGUCUGUCCCCGACAUCGCCACCUCGCAAUCUCCCCCUCGGGAUUGCUCGCCCUUCCGCACCCCAACGAGCCGUUGCGUCUCUCCGUGGUGCGAAAAACUCGGUCUUAAGUUGGAUGACCCGCCCCUUUUCCAGAAGCCAACGGUGCCGUGGUCGAGAAGAGGAUUCAACUCCAGCCCGAGCCGCAUGAGAACCGCCGCCACCCCUUCCUGCCUCAACGCGCCGCUAUGCUCACACCCGGUCUACCACGAGCAUGGCUUAUACGCUUGCGUCCCCGUCUCGCUGGUGCCGGCUCUCAGCCUCGAAUCUCCCUGCUGUGGUCAUAGCAACUGCCACUACGCAUCGCCGAUGAUGACGCCGAUGCCAGUUUCGCACACCCCGCGCCCCUUGUUCAAUUUCGAACCGUUCGGCACCGCCGAAACGAUCCCUCCCAGCACCCCUCGCAGAAGUCUGUCGGCUAACGAGACGCAGAUCGUGUUUUGA